AUGGGACUGUGGAACAGGCUCCGGCCCAACAGCGCAGAGGUUACCAGCCCGUCGACUGGAGAAUCGCCCACCAACCUUACGCCUGUCACCAGCCAUGGAAAGGGUCCGGCUGGUCUGUCCCCCGAAGAUGGAAACCCAACCACCACCGAGGAUGCUGUGCCGACGGAGGAUGUGACAGAAGGUGUCAGGGAUAUGCAAGCCAUCACGCUGGUGUGGACAAAGAAGUCACUCAUUUGCGCUCUUAUCUCUGUCUGGUUUGUCUACUUGUUGAAUGCCUUUCAAAGUUCAACUGCUGGCAGCCUCCUGCCCUAUGUCACUAGCGACUUCGGGGCGCAUUCACUGCUUACUGUCAUUGAUGUCGUCGCAAGCUCGAUGACGGCUGCAGUCUUCAUUCCUCUAGCCAAGUUCCUCGAUAUUGCUGGUCGAGCUGAGGGCUACCUUCUUAUGGUGGCCUUUGCAGACCUGGGCUUGAUUAUCAUGGCUACCAGCAAGAAUCUUUCUACCUACUGUGCUGCCAACGUCUUUUACCAGGUCGGCUUUACUGGUCUCAUCUACAGCAUCGACGUCAUCACAGCCGACGCCACCAACCUCCAGAACCGAGCCUUGGCAUAUGCCUUCACGUCAUCCCCCUACAUGAUCUCGGCCUUUGCUGGAUCAUAUGCCUCUGAGAAGAUGCUCGACACCAUCAACUGGCCUUGGGGUUUCGGCAUUUUCGCAUUCCUCACACCUGUUAUCUGUGCACCUCUGUUCUGCAUCUUGAAGUACAACUUGCACAAAGCUAGGAAGAAUAUUCUUCCCAAGAAGCCCAGCGGGCGUACUUUUUCGCAGAGCGUCUGGCACUAUGUUGUUGAAUUCGAUGCUCUUGGCAUCUUCCUGUUUGCCGCCGGUUUGGUCAUCUUCCUCCUGCCGUUCAACAUCGCGGCCAUGGCCCCCAACGGAUGGGCUACAGGAUACAUCAUCGCGAUGAUCGUUGUUGGAUUCGUUCUCCUCGUCAUGUUCGCCUUGAAUGAGCUCUACCUCGCGCCAAUUCCUUUCCUGAGGUUCGACUUCUUGACUGACCGAACCCUGGUUGGUGCCUGUCUUCUGGACCUGACGUAUCAGCUCUCUUACUACUGCUGGAACAACUAUUUCACGUCCUUUCUGCAAGUCGUCAACUAUCUUUCCGUCGCAGAAGCCGGAUAUAUCGCCAACACUUUCAACGUCGUUUCCGGUUUCCUCCUCUUCCUUGUUGGUUGGGGCAUUCGCAAGACAGGAUACUUCAAGUGGCUUCUCUGGGUCGGCGUUCCCCUCUAUAUCUUGGCCCAAGGUCUGAUGAUUUACUUCCGAAACCCUACUGGAUACGUCGGAUAUAUUGUUAUGACGCAGAUCUUCAUCUCUGUGGGUGGCAGUGUCUUCACCAUCUGCAUGCAGCUCGCCGUUCUCGCAGCUGUCGAUCACCAGCAUGUGGCCGCAGCCUUGGCUAUGCUGAGUGUCACUGGAACUGUCGGUGGCUCUAUUGGAUCCACCAUUUCUGGUUCCAUCUGGACCAACACCUUCCAGAAGGCUUUGAUCAUGUAUUUGCCUUCGAGCGCGCUGCCGAACCUCGACGACAUCUACGAAAACCUGGAAACGCAGCUGAGCUUCCCCAGGGGUAGCGUUGAGCGUAUCGCAAUCCAGAAGGCCUACGGUUAUGCCCAAACCCGAAUGUUGGCAGCUGGAACCGCUCUUAUGGCGGCAUCCUUCGUCUGGGUCGCUCUCAUCAGAAACCUCAAGGUCUCAGAGAUGAAGCAGACAAAGGGCAACGUCUUCUAG